AAUACCAGUUUAAAAAACUGCUGAAACCCAUAUUAGGCGCCCGCUACGAAGGUGAAUACAACCGUUUACGAAACAGGAACAAUGACACUCUACGCGCCAGCGCUUAUAGCUUUGAUAUAGUGACGGCUUACCUGAAAACAGCAGCUGAUGCUCGCACCGGUUAUGGGCUGGCCUAUAUUUUCCGUAGGGAUCAGUUGCCAAGGUUCACCAGCUUUCUCCAGCAAAGCCAUAGCCAGACGAUAGAAAUGAACACCAGCCUGGCAAGAUGGAAAAAUCACCGCAUCACAUUUACCGGUUCUUACCGCGAGCUGAUCGUUGACGACAGUACCUUUAAUAAUCAGAAAGCGGAGCAAACCCUGCUUGGACGAUUUGAGUACACCGGCAGUCUGCUACGGAAUGUGGUACAGGUGCAAACCCUGUAUGAAUUCGGAUCCGGGCAGGAACAAAAGAAAUCUUAUACCUAUUUAGAGGUACCUGCCGGACAGGGCCUUUAUUAUUGGGUAGAUUAUAAUGGCGAUGGUGUGCAGCAAAAAAGUCUCCGCUACCCGGAUGGGCGCCUUAACGUGCUGGGUGAAAAGAUUACGCAGAACUGGCCCAUAAAAUUAUACGGCACGUAUGCCGCCACUGAAAUGCAAACGGCGUUUACGGAUUGCAGCGCAGGAAUGGGUGGCCAUCAUCAGCCCGACCUGAUCAUUAUAGAAAUACUGGAUAAUGAAGGACGUCAGUUGCCGGAUGGCACCCCGGGAGAAAUAGUGAUUACUACACUGGGCAUUGAAGGGAUGCCGCUCUUACGAUACCGUACCGGAGACAUGGCCAUUUUAUAUGCCGAGCCUUGCAGCUGUGGCAGGCAUUCAAAACGCCUGAGCCAUGUAACCGGCCGCAAGCAACAAAUGAUCAAGUACAAAGGCACAACGCUUUACCCGCCUGCUAUCUUCGAUAUGCUGAAUGAAGGAUACCGGGAACAAU